AUGCUGAGCACAGAGAAGGUGUACCAUUUAAGCUGGCCAUUGGGAUCGGCCAUAGCGACACCCGCUCGAGCGACACCACUCAUUACACAACCAUUACUUGACUCAGCACUCUUCAACGAUUUGCUUGAGCUAACAAUUGAUGAGAAGAAAAAGAAGAAAGCAAUUAUUACGAAAACAGUAAGUGAAAGCGCUGUAACCUGCGCAUCUUCCGGACGUUUACCGGUUUUUGCUCAGCUCAGCAAUCCUUCGUCAGCUUCUUAA